AUGAGAGAAUCGACUGAAGCACCUCAUACAUUUCAAGUAAAGUUUGAUGAAGUUGAAGAUGGAAAUUUGGUUAUAAAUAUUCAUAAAGGAAAUUUACGUUAUAAAAAACAAGUUCCUUCAAAUAAUGAAGUUGCAGAAACUUUGACCACUCAACAAAAUUUUUCUGAAUAUAGUAAAAAUAGCUCAAAGGAGGAAGAUAAUGCUGGUGAUGUUAGUAACAUUAGUGAAGUUGACCUAACUACAACAGUGAAAUGGCAUGGAUGGCCAAUCAAUUAUCCACAAGAUAUAGUUGAAAAACUUGAUACAUCUACAACAGCAAAAGCUGAUAAGAUUAAACGUGUAGUUAAAAAUAAUACUGGCUCAACAACUAUUAAAUUUACAAGACCUAAAGUCUUUUAUGAAUACUUACAAGCUAAAGGGGCUGUGAAUAUUAAUAAUCAAGUAUGUUAA